AUGUACUUGAACACACCGUAUUUGCGCAUGGACGAACAUGUCAGGCCCGGCUUUAAUGUCGCAUAUGAUCCUGAUGAACUUUUUUCCGCAAGUACAAGCUUGAAGAGCAAGUCAACGAAGAUAAAGAGAUGCGCUUUAGAUUCAAGCAGCACUGCAAAACAAAAUGAUGAAGAUAAUAAUCAAACCGAUGACGUAACGGAUGAUGAAGAAGAUGAAAACCCAGAAAAAUCCGAUCAAGAUAAAUUCGAUGACGAUGUAGAUCAUCAAAUCGAGAGUAAUGACGACGAUGACGACAACUACGACGCAGAUAAAAAAGAGAUAAAACUUAGUGAAAACAAUACAAUUAUCGUAUAA